AAUCAAAGUAUAGAUUUGAUUUACCUCAACAACAAUAUAACGACGACUACGAUGAAUAUUAGCAAUGUAAAAUUGAGUAUAGAUUAAAUAUAGAUUAUAUAUAGAUAUGUGUUUGUUUAUUUUGAUCUCGCAACGAAAAAACAUUUAGUCUUUAGUUAAUAAUGACAGUAAAAUCUGACAAUAAAAAUGGCUGCUGCUCUUUAAAUCCAAAAUGGUUCUGCACAUUUGAAGGACUUUUUAAAUUGCUAGAAUUCUUUGCAGUGUUGUUGUCAUGGGUGAUAUGUAGAAGUAUCUCUAAUGAAGUAAAAGAUUUACAUGUCACUUCAAGAUUUGUCUAUUUUCUUUUGGUUGGUAUUAUUUGCUGGAUCUUUAUUGGUGUGAUUAUUAUCCUAUAUUUUAGUGGUUGUUUUGAAUAUCAUGUUAAUAAAAAGAUAGAAAGAUUGUAUGGAUGGUAUAUAUUUUUGUUGGCUUCGUCACUGACGUGGUUUUUUUUCUGGUUGUUUACUUCCGUUCUCUUGAUUUUUUACCGCACGUAUUGGGUUGGUCUUCUUGGCGCUGCUGUCUUUGGUUUUAUUAGCACUAUUCUUUUUCUUAUUGACUCGAUUACCUACUACCGUUUAUGUAGAAAGUACCGUGUAGUUAUUCGUAAGGAGCAUCGAAGUAUUCUAGAAAACCAGGCCAUAUAAAUCUUUUUUUGCAGUCAAGUUUCCCGUGAAUAAAAUUGCUCACCAUUUUUUACGCAUCAGCGAAAUAGAGUUAAUGUUAAAAGAAACAGUUUUUAAAUUUUCUUCUUUUCUAUUAAUUUUUUUUCUCCUUUAGGUUUUUUAAAUGAAAAUGACUUCUAUUAAGAUAUUUUAAAAUUUUUUAAUUUAUAUAUUUAAAUUUCAACUCAAAAGUCUUGAAAAAAAAAUUCAUCAGCUGACAUUAAAAAAACAAAAACUUAAAAAAAUAAUAAAUCCUAAAAUUGUUGAAAAAAAUUGCUAAGAAUCUUAAAAUCUCUUGCAACAACUAUCUUAUUAAUAUCAACUAUCUCCAUAUCUUUUUAAGCUUGAAUAUUUAAUCAAACUUAAAAAGUCGUUAAUGUUAUUUUUAGUUAUUUAGUUAUCUAGUUAUUUUUACAUAUUCUUAUGAAUCGAAAAUGUCAUUCAUCAAAAUUUUGAAAACUUUUAGAAAAAAAUUAUAUUGAAAAGAAAACACAAAGUUCAUGUUAAACCUUCGUUCAUUUUUACCUGAGUUUUUUUUAAUAAGAUUAUUUAUUAUAUAUUUAUUGCAUUAGAAUUAUUUAUAAGCAACUAUUUUUAAUAUCUAUAAAAUUAUCACAUAAAUUUUUUCUUUUUUUUUUUUUUUGAGUUUUUAUGAAACAAGUUAUGUAAACAGCAACAGUUUUUUUUUGUAUUUCUUUUUAUUGUUUGUUUUUGUAUAAAUUUUAUAUGUAAAAAAUUUUUUAAAGA